GUUAUUACACAAUAUUGCACAAUAGCGGACACUACAGGAUUCCAGGAACCGGUGUCAGAUGCACACGAAGCAGAAAGAACAAACACAUUUCUGAAGUACUUAGACGACCUACUAGUUUCUAGCAACUGAUAUCUUAGAAAGCCGACAUAUAAAGCAAGGAAAUGUUCCUGUACAUUAUAGGUCUCAUAGUCUGCUUCUAUGUCUAUCGGUGGUUCAGAGAACUGGGACGAGUUCCCAAUAAAUCAGAGAAGUUUGUGUACAUCACAGGCUGUGACACCGGGUUUGGGAAUCUCUUGGCCAAACACCUGGACACAAAGGGUUUCUGUGUCAUCGCUGGCUGCUACACAGAGAAGGGAGAAGUUGAGCUGAAGAAGUCCUGCUCUGACAAACUCACAACACUUCAUUUGGAUGUGACUGAUAAUUAUAGCAUAAAAAAAGCUGCAGAAACCAUUAAAACACUGGUGGGAGAGAAGGGUCUGUGGGCUGUGGUCAACAACGCUGGGAUCUCCUUCCCAACUGCUCCCAAUGACUGGCUGGAAAUUGAGGAAUUCAAACAGAUGAUCAAUGUCAAUCUGAUUGGGGUUGUUGCUGUCACUCUGAGCGUGUUACCGCUCAUUAAGAAGGCCAAGGGCAGAGUGGUCAAUGUGGCAAGUGUGCUUGGAAGGAUCAGUACUCUGGGAGGAGCGUACUGCAUUACUAAGUAUGGAGUAGAGGCUUUUAAUGACAGUCUGAGGAGGAACAUGGCACCAUUUGGAGUGAAGGUUUUAUGCAUCGAACCCGGAUUAUUCAAAACAAGCGUUACUGACUCUGCUAUCUUUGAGAGCCAUUUGCAGAGAUUAUGGAAUAAAUUGCCUCAGCAGGUCAAGGAUGAGUACGGCAGUGAUUACAUAGACAGAACAAAGACAGUGGUUAAGGAGAGGUAUGAGAAGAUGCUGGAUUCAGAUUUGAUGAAGGUGGUCAGCUGUAUGGAGCAUGCAGUGGCUGCGGUCCAUCCUCGGACCAGAUAUUCUCCAGGCUGGGAUGCCAAGAUCUUCUGGCUGCCUCUCUCCUACAUGCCCACCUUCAUCUCGGAUGCUGUAGUCUUAAAAGAUGCUGUUAAACCAAAAGUGUCAGUUCUGUAAGGAUAAACAGUCAGUUUUCUCUAUGCUGCAGUUAUGGAUGGAAUAAACCAUUUUUCCACUUUCAGGGGGAUGUAUGGUUAGUAAUGAGCAAAAAUAAAUAUUUUUUUUAUUUGAACAAAAAUGUAAUUUCAACAGGAUCUAUUUUUCAACAGCAUUUAGAUUGUAGAAAUAAAUUGAAUGUAGAUCA